CUUGUGUGUGUGCGUCUCGAAUAGCCCCCAAGAUGGCCGCCAAUGUGGGAUCGAUGUUUCAAUAUUGGAAGCGAUUUGAUCUACGGCGACUCCAGAAGGAGCUUAAUUCCGUCGCUUCCGAGCUGUCUGCACGGCAGGAGGAGAGUGAACAUUCUCAUAAACAUUUAAUUGAACUCCGCCGGGAAUUUAAGAAAAAUGUACCUGAGGAAAUCAGAGAGAUGGUGGCUCCUGUAUUAAAAAGCUUCCAAGCUGAGGUGGUGGCUCUUAGUAAGAGAAGUCAGGAGGCCGAAGCCGCUUUCCUGAGCGUUUACAAGCAGUUAAUUGAAGCACCAGACCCCGUGCCUGUGUUUGAGGCUUCACGCAGCCCAGACGACAGACUGCAGUCCCCCAGCUUCGACCCCAGCGGGCAGCCGCGGCGAGAGCUCCACACUUCGUGGAAGAGACACCCUGAGCUCCUCAGCCCCAAAGAACAGAGAGAGGGGACGUCGCCGGCUGGGCCCACGCUGACUGAGGGGAGCCGCCUCCCAGGCAUUCCCAGCAAAGCCCUCCUGACAGAAACUUUGCUGCAGAGAAAUGAGGCAGAGAAACAAAAGGGCCUUCAGGAAGUACAGGCCUUCACUUUGGCAGCCAGACUGGGGGAAGCCGAGGAGAAGAUCAAGGUCCUACAUUCAGCGUUAAAGGCCACGCAGACAGAGCUGCUGGAGCUGCGGCGGAAAUACGAUGAGGAGGCGGCAUCCAAGGCAGAUGAAGUCGGCCUGAUCAUGACCAACCUGGAGAAAGCUAAUCAGCGAGCCGAGGCUGCCCAGCGGGAGGUGGAAAGUCUUCGGGAACAGCUUGCCUCCGUCAACAGCUCCAUCCGCCUGGCCUGCUGCUCUCCUCAGGGACCCAGUGGGGAUAAGGUGAACUUCGCUCUGUGCUCGGGCCCUCGGCUUGAGGCUGCCCUGGCCUCCAAGGAUCGGGAGAUCCUGCGGCUGCUGAAGGAUGUGCAGCACCUCCAGAACUCUCUGCAGGAGCUGGAGGAGACCUCCGCCAACCAGAUUGCAGACCUGGAGCGGCAGCUCACGGCCAAGUCUGAGGCCAUCGAAAAGCUGGAAGAGAAGCUCCAGGCACAGUCUGACUAUGAAGAAAUUAAAACAGAGCUGAGCAUCCUCAAAGCCAUGAAGCUGGCCGCCAACACCUGCAGCCUCCCCCAGGGCAUGGCCAAGCCCGAAGACUCCCUGCUCAUGGCAAAGGAGGCAUUCUUCCCUGCACAGAAAUUCCUUCUGGAAAAGCCUGGUCUUUUGGCCAGCCCUGAGGAAGACCCUUCCGAGGAUGAUGCCAUCAAGGAUUGUCUGGGCACGGAGCAGUCCUACCCAUCCCCUCCACAGCUCCCACCACCACCAGGGCCCGAAGACCCCCUGUCCCCCAGCCCAGGGCAGCCCUUGCUGGGCCCUGGCCUAGGCCCUGAUGGCCCUCGGACUUUCUCGCUGUCCCCCUUCCCCAGCCUGGCUUCAGGGGAGAGACUGGCAGGGGACACGCUGCUGUCCAAGCACAUGAUGCCCCCGGCCACCUUCAAGGGGGAGGCGGGAGGCCUGCUGGUGUUCCCCCCGGCCUUCUAUGGCGCCAAGCCGCCCCCGGCCCCUGCCACCCCGGCCCCUGGCCCUGAGCCGCCCGGGGGCCCUGAGCCAGCGGAGGGCAGUGGCGGCGGCGUGGCCACAGCGGGGGCCGGGACAGAGGAGGAGCAGCUGGACACGGCGGAGAUCGCAUUCCAGGUGAAGGAGCAGCUGCUCAAACACAACAUCGGGCAGCGGGUGUUUGGCCACUACGUGUUGGGCCUGUCCCAGGGCUCGGUCAGCGAGAUCCUGGCCCGGCCCAAGCCCUGGCGCAAGCUCACGGUGAAGGGCAAGGAGCCCUUCAUCAAGAUGAAGCAGUUCCUGUCGGACGAGCAGAAUGUGCUGGCUCUGAGGACCAUCCAGGUGCGGCAGCGAGGCAGUAUCACCCCGAGAAUCCGCACACCGGAGACCGGCUCUGAUGACGCCAUCAAGAGCAUCCUGGAGCAGGCCAAGAAGGAGAUCGAGUCGCAGAAGGGGGGUGAGCCCAAGAACUCGACAGCCCCACUGAGCAUCACCAAUGGCACAGCCCCCGCCAGCACCUCAGAAGAUGCCAUCAAGAACAUUCUGGAACAAGCGCGCCGCGAGAUGCAAGCGCAGCAGCAGGCCCUGCUGGAGAUGGAGGCAGGCCCCCGCGGCCGCUCGGUGCCUUCCUCGCCCCCAGAGCGGCCCUCGCUGGCCGCUGUGAGCCAGAACGGGGCCCCGACCCACGUCAAGCAGGAGGAGAGUGGUGUCGGCGGCGGUGGUGUCAGCAGUGGGGGGACCAGCAGCAGUGCCACACAGACAUCCCUCACGGUCCUGUCCCCGGCCGCCUUUGUGCAGAGCAUCAUCCGGAAGGUCAAGUCAGAGAUCGGCGAUGCCGGCUACUUCGACCACCACUGGGCCUCGGACCGCGGCCUCCUCAGCCGCCCCUACGCCUCCGUCUCGCCCUCACUCUCCUCCUCCUCCUCCAGCUACUCCGGCCAGCCCAACGGGCGGGCCUGGCCCCGUGGGGACGAGGCCCCCACGGCCCCCGAGGAAGAAGCGGCCGGGAGCGAGGACGAGCCCCCCAGGGUGGGUGAGCUCAAGGUCGAGGGGGGCGGCCCCGAGGGGGGCAGCGGCGGGCGACUGGCCUACUACCCGGCCUACGUGCCCCGCACACUGAAGCCCACCGUGCCGCCCCUGACCCCCGAGCAAUACGAGCUCUACAUGUACCGUGAGGUGGACACCCUGGAGCUGACGCGCCAGGUCAAGGAGAAGCUGGCCAAGAAUGGAAUCUGCCAGAGGAUCUUCGGGGAGAAGGUGCUGGGUCUGUCACAGGGCAGUGUGAGUGACAUGCUGUCCCGGCCGAAGCCGUGGAGCAAGCUGACGCAGAAGGGGCGGGAGCCCUUCAUCCGCAUGCAGCUGUGGCUCUCGGACCAGCUCGGCCAGGCCGUCAGCCAGCAGCCCAGCGCCUCCCAGGCCAGUCCCACUGAACCAAGGUCCUCGCCAUCCCCACCCCCUAGUCCCACGGAGCCGCCGGAGAAGACAUCCCAGGAGCCCCUGAGUCUGACACUGGAGAGCAGCAAGGAGAACCAGCAGCCGGAGGGACGCUCCAGCUCCUCGCUGGGUGGAAAGAUGUACUCAGGCAGCCAGACCACAGGGGGCAUCCAGGAGAUUGUGGCCAUGUCCCCCGAGCUGGACACGUACUCCAUCACCAAGAGGGUCAAAGAGGUCCUCACAGACAACAACCUAGGGCAGCGGCUAUUUGGGGAGAGCAUCCUGGGGCUGACACAAGGCUCCGUGUCUGACCUGCUGUCCCGACCGAAACCCUGGCACAAGCUGAGCCUGAAGGGGCGGGAGCCCUUUGUGCGCAUGCAGCUGUGGCUCAAUGACCCCCACAAUGUAGAGAAGCUGAGGGACAUGAAGAAGCUGGAGAAAAAAGCCUACCUGAAGCGCAGGUACGGCCUCAUCAGCACCGGCUCAGACAGUGAGUCUCCAGCCACCCGCUCCGAGUGCCCCAGCCCCUGCCUGCAGCCCCAGGACCUGAGCCUCCUGCAAAUCAAGAAGCCCCGAGUAGUGCUGGCCCCUGAGGAGAAGGAGGCACUGAGAAAGGCCUACCAGAUGGAGCCUUACCCCUCGCAGCAGACCAUCGAGCUCCUCUCCUUCCAGCUCAACCUCAAGACCAACACCGUCAUCAACUGGUUCCACAACUACAGGUCCCGGAUGCGCCGGGAGAUGUUGGUGGAGGGGACCCAAGAGGAACCAGAUCUCGACCCCAGUGGGGGUCCUGGCAUCCUACCGCCAGGCCACUCCCACCCAGACCCCACUCCGCAGAGCCCCAACUCUGAGGCUGAGGACCAAAAGCCUACCGUGAAGGAACUAAAGCUUCAGGAGGGUCCCGAGGAGAGCAUCACACCCCUGACCACCCCGGACAAGACGCAAGUGAGGAUUAAACAGGAACAGACUGAGGAUGCUGAGGAAGAGGCAGGCAGCCAGGACUCAAAGGAGCUGGACAAAGGCCAAGGUUCCCCCAGAGAGGUGCAUCCUGACCCUCUGGGUAACGACGGACUCCCAAAAGCAGCCCCAGGGCUCCUUCUUCCAGGCGGGACCACCCCAGCCUGCCCCUCGCUACAGCCCCUCCAGGAGAGCGAGGGCGGGGAGUGGCUACACCCGGACCCUCUCAGCUUUAAGUCGGCCUCAGAGUCCUCACGCUGCAGCCUAGAGGUGUCGCUGAACUCACCCUCAGCUGCCUCCUCGCCGGGCCUCAUGAUGUCUGUGUCACCUGUUCCUUCCUCUUCAGCCCCCAUCUCCCCAUCCCCACCCGGCACCCUCCCUGCCAAAGUGCCGAGUGCCAGCCCCACUGCCGACGCAACCGGGGCCUUGCACCCCAGCACCAAGGUGAACCCCAACUUGCAGCGGCGGCACGAGAAGAUGGCCAACCUGAACAGCAUCAUCUACCGGCUGGAGAGGGCUGCCAAUCGCGAGGAGGCCCUGGAGUGGGAGUUCUAAAGGUGGAGGCAAGGGGCUCGCGGCGGGGGCCACCUUCCCCCUCCCUCACGCACUCUCCCGGACAGGGCGGGGUAAGGAAGGGAGGAGCUCAGCCAUCACAACGUGGACCGCAGAGUCGCGCCGCUUGACAUUUUUCGUUGUGAUCCCGGUUCUGUGAAGUCGUGAGUGAGCAGGUGAGGCAGGUGCCUCUGCUUCCCCUUUUCAGCAGCCCCUGCCCCGGGGAGCACCCCCUUCUCCACUCUGGCCCCUCUACAGGAGGCAGAAGC